GGCGGGGUCGGGCCGGGCCUGCGCGGAGGAUCAAUGGCGGCGCUCAGGGCUGGGCUGCGCCUCUCGCUGUAACGGGACGGGGCCGCGGAGGUGCUGUUCCAGGAUGGAUGGGGGUGAUGGUGCUGCUGACCUGGUGAUCAACAAGAGGUUUGUGUCUGAGUCAGAGCUGGAGGAGAGGAGGAAGAGGAGGCAAGAGGAGUGGGAAAAGGUCCGGAAACCCGAGGAUCCUGAAGAAUGCCCAGAGGAGGCCUAUGACCCACGUUCCUUGUAUGAAAGGCUCCAGGAACAGAGGGAAAAGAAGCAGCAGGAGUUUGAGGAGCAAUUUAAAUUCAAAAACAUGGUGAGAGGCUUAGAUGAAGAUGAGACACAUUUCCUUGAUGAGGUCUCUCGACAGCAAGAGCUCCUAGAAAAGCAACGGAGAGAAGAAGAGCUGAAAGAACUCAAUGAGUACAGAAGCACUCUCACCAAAGUGGACCCAAAGAAGGAAACUGAGAAGAAAUUGCCCAUGAAGUCAGUGGAAAACAAGAACAAAUUCUCUCAGGCAAAGCUGUUGGCAGGAGCUGUGAAACACAGAAGUUCAGAUGGUGGUAACAGUGUGAAGAGAUUGAAACUAGAUACUGAUCAUGAUGAAAAGAAUCAAGAGAAAGCCUCCUGUGUAGCCCUGGGGAGCAGCUCUGUGGGAUGCUCCAGCGUCCACUGUCCCUCGGCCGCUGUCUGCAUCGGGAUCCUGCCCGGGCUGGGGGCCUACUCUGGGAGCAGUGACUCUGAGUCCAGCUCAGACAGUGAGGGCACCAUCAACUCCACUGGGAAGAUUGUCUCCUCUGUCUUUCGCAGCAACAGUUUCUUUGAUGGUCCCUAACAAAGCCCCUCUGUGUGUGUAAUGCAGUGCAGAGCAGCUCCCGAAGCACUGAGGGAUGCUUGAUGCAUCCUGCUGCCCCAACUUUAAUCUUUCUAGCUAACCUCUCAACUUUAAUACACUCAGAUACCUAAAAUAACUCAUUAUAUCUUCCCCCCCCUCCCAACUUUCCAUUUCUGGGAUGUGUUCUGAGCCUGGGAGAAAGGCUGCCAUCCAAAACCAGAAGGCGUGCCUGGUAAUGAAGGUCCUGAGGGUAGGAAGGUGAGAGCAUUAUCUUAAAAUUCUUAAGGAAAGAAUGAAUUCUGAUGAUCUAAGAAGUUUGUACAAGACUAGCAGGCAAAAAAAUAUUCACUUGAAGCAGUGAAAUCUUAUAGAAGCAACCAUGUGUUCUGUUUUUAAAAUGUCAUUUUUAUUCUGUUUGAGACAUGGGGGAAGAACAAAAAUCAAGCAGAUGGUGAAGUGUAGAUUGCCAUGACACUGUAAAGAAGUUUUAGUGUUACAUGAUUAAAGACAUUCUGAAUGCUU